UUCUGAACUGUCCUCGAUUCCCCCUCGCUCCUCUGCACUGCCCUCCCUGCACUUGCCCUCCGCCGCCCUCAACUCUCAUCCCCAAGGGCCUAAACGCCAGGGCGAGUUCCCUUCCUCGGCCCCGACUAGGCCUCUCAAUGGGUGGUGACUCAAGUAAUGGCAAGUGUUGAUGAAAACUCCAGCCUCGGAGGCAAGGUUGGGGCCAGGAAGACCUUUGAUAGCUCGGAAGUUGACCUUAAGUCAGAAGUGAUACCUCCAAAUGUUGUUGGUGAUUUAAGUGACACAGCGGUUAGCAACAACCAUUCUGACAGGCUGAGCAUUGCCUGUAAAGACUGUGGCACGGAAGAAGAACAGGGCGACCUUACCCCCAAAAACUCGAGGCAGCAGUGCCUCCUCACUGAAAGCAAGAGUUACGUUAACAGCAAUGAGAAUAUUGCCUCUGGAAGCCAACCCGAAGAGAGCGAUUUGAAAGAAGACGCAGGCACACACGACUUGAGCACUGAGAAUCGGGCCGAGGCGGGAGGUGAGCCGGAGAUGGGUCAGUCGUUCACUGGCUGCAUUGCGAGCAAAGGUUUUGGCGACAAUUUCGAAAAAAUCCACCAAAGUGGUGAACGCGAGAUUGGAAAAAAGGGCGGCAAAGGUGAACUCCACCCCCUGGGCAAUGCUGCCAAAGUCCCCAAAGACUUGGAUCCCCAAGAAGAUUCUCUUAAGAAGAGGGAAAGACAGCAUUUGUCGGAAAGGUGGAAAGACACCGCCGGCAGGCCGCAGCACGGCGGGGGAAACAGGCCUCACACGGACGACCAAGGCGAGAGUUGUGGUUUAGUUCAGAGCCUCUCCCACCAGGAGGAAGAUAUGUAUCGGAGUGAAGGUACAAUAGACAAAAUGCCGAUUGGAGAAAGGAGAGAAUUGGUUGAUUAUUCGUGCCGGGAAUGGAAAGGGUCCACGGCUAAAACCAAAAAGAUUAAAAAGGCGUACCUGGAGCUGUCGGGCAAAGGCUACUUUGACAUACGGAGAGUGAGGGGAGACAACUACUGUGGGCUGAGGGCCACGCUCUUUCAGGCUUUUUGGAAAAAAAUUUACAUAUUUGACUCCACGGUGAAGAUAACCGAGCUUCCACAUGUAUUAUAUCAGAGAAACAAAGGGCUCAUUGAAAAUUGGACCUUUGCUAAUCGUGAAGUCAAGGGCAGGUGCAACCAGGCGAGCUUGGUUAUCUGCUUGCAAAACCUAGAGAAUGAGUGGCUGAAGGCAUGCACAUUUGAGGCGGCCAACGCGGAGAACUUUUGUAAGGAUCUCUUCAACCAGCUGGGCGUGACUGAGUGGCGCCUUUAUGAGGCUGUGAAGCUGCUCAUGCUGUGGAAGGCGGUGGACCUCUAUGAAAUGCAGCAGCGUGGGGAGGACGUGCCGCUCUUCGCCACGCUCAUGUUUGCGCGCGAGACGUCGCUCAAACCCCUCUCUUUCCUGAUCAAUCACCUCAACCACGUGGGCAGCUCCGGCGGCCUGGAACAGGUGGAGAUGUGCCUCCUGGGCUACACUCUGGGCAUCACUAUCCGUGCCUUUCGGCUGUACAUGUUUGGCACGGAGGAAUUUCAAGUGUGCUAUCCGGAGAGCGAACCUGCACGUGGUGGGGGCGCGGUAGAACGACCGGAGGUGGCAAUCGUCACCGAGGACGACCGACACUACAACGUGCUGCUGCCAUCGCCCAACCAACCACCGUGUGGUCACGGCGAGCAACCACCACUUGGGCACAGCAAGCAACGGGCACGCUCGCCACACGCUUUGUAGUUACGUGGAGGCGAAUGUCUCGUGACAAAAUAUAUAUUUACGGUUUCUGCAUACAUUGCCAAAGUGAGGAUUUGGUGUAUUAUUGUUGAUAUAUAUACACACAGGCCGGUGCAGUCGGACGUGCGGGGCAGUGGUGGUAAGCACAGUGGGUUUCGCACGCCGUGCUGCAAACCCCGCGGGCUGAAUUUUGAUUUGUGGCCACGGCUAAAAUCGGUGGCGAGUGACAUCGGAACAGAUCUUGGUCCCCCCCCUCCCUUGUGGAUAAUGCUUAAGAUGACCACCAUGCAUACGAGGAGUUUCAAGGCUGCAGGGCUACAUUGUGGGCAGCACGAGGACUGCAGACAAUGUGGUGCUGUACUCCCGCACCCUCGGGAAUAUGCUUACUGCCUUGAGCCCACAUUGGCACGAGAGUGUGGUGGUCUUCAUCCAGCAGUGGGUUGGUCAUGGCUGACGACGAAGUGAGUGAUAAAGCAGUGGACGCUACACCCACCUGUUGCCAUUUGCACAUCGUUCAGCACUUCAUCUCAAUGUCUCGAUUUUGUGCAACGAGGAAGUUGGUCUUCAGCAUAUUUUAUCUGAUGCAUUCAUCCGUUUCACAGAAUAGUCUUUUUUUUUAAGGCAUUACAAUUGGCCUUAGCUCUUGCAAGCUUUGCAAGAGGUACGGCACGUGUACUGAACGCAGUGCGGGUGUGUUUUUUGUCGUUGCGCUUAAGAAAAUUGUUUAGGGUAUCUUUGUUGCAUAUUUUCAUGCAGUUACUCUGCCGAAAUAACAAAGGGAUAAAGGAAAAAUAUGUUCUAGUGUGAUUAUAAUUGAUACAUAAGUAUUAAAGUCAAAUUAAAGUUAAUUAAACACGG